GCCAGCGGGGAAGAAAGAAGCCGAGCGGGCGGAAGGCGCCCUCCCCGCCGCCUGGGCCCGGGCACCGGGUGCCGGGCCCGGGGUCCUUCCCGCCUCCCGCGGCCGCCGGCCGCUUUGUUUCCCCAGCCUCUGCGCUCUGGGCAACUCAAGAGGGGCUCCCGCCUGGGCUGCACAGGGAUCGUGGCGGCAGGAAGGGCGGCCGACCGCGCCGGGACUCGCAGGGACCCAGGAGUCCGGCCGCCGGGAGGGCCGCGUGACGAGAUCGAAGAGAGGGCCAGAGCUCCGCGGCCCAGGGGUGCGGGCCGGGGGCGCCCGUGAGCAGAGACCUCCCCGUCGAGGGGGGGCGAUGUUCCCCUCGCCCGUGGGCUCUUCGGGCAGCCAGGGCAUCCCGCCGCUGGGACCAGGGCCCCCGCCGUGGGCACCCCCCCGGGCGGUGCCAUGGAGACUCUGUGCCCCGCUCCCCGCCUCGCAGUGCCGGCGUCCCCGCGAGGGUCGCCCUGCUCCCCCACACCCCGGAAGCCGCGUCGGGGGACCCAGGAGUUCUCUCCGCUGUGCCUGCGUGCCCUUGCCUUCUGCGCCCUUGCCAAACCCCGGGCGUCCUCUCUGGGCCUGGGGCCUGGAGAGCUGGCGCCGCGGGCCCCGGUGCUGCUGGGCCCUCACGCCCCCCUGUGCACCGGCGGCUGGGCCCCGGAUGGCCUGAAGCACCUCGCGGGACAGGCCGGGCGGUCCAGCGAUCCCAGCUCCCCGGCCCGCCAGGAUGCCGACGCCGCAGUGUGCCGGCGCCGCGGCGAGGAGGAAGAGGGCGGAGGCAGUUUCCCGCACUUCGGCGCUCGCUCCGGCGUACCUCCCGGCCGCUGCCCGGCGCCCCGGCGCCCUCGGGAAUCUCCGACCAGCUCCGUCUCGGCUCCGCCUAUGCCAGCCCGGGGUCUCGACUCCCAGCCUGGCCCCGCCGCCAGCCCGCAUCAGGAACCAGGUUCCCGGCCUCCGCCGCCACCUGCGGGCCUCUCCUCUGAGCCCGCGGCGCCGGGGACCGCGCCAGAGCCGCCCCCGCCGGGCCAGACCGCCGCGGUCGAUGAAACCCCCCCGAAGGCCGCCCCCGAGGCACCGGCCGCCAGUCCCUCGACGGCCGGCGAAGCUCCGGCCGCGCCCGGCGAUCUCCGCCAGGAACAUUUCGAUCGUCUGAUCCGCCGCUCGAAACUUUGGUGUUACGCGAAGGGCUUCGCCCUCGACACUCCGAGUUUGCGCCGGGGGCCCGAGCGGCCCCCAGCCAAAGGGCCCGCCCGGGGAGCCGCCAAGAAACGCCGGCGACCCGCGCCCCCCCAACGCAGCGCGCAGCCCCGCCGCCCUGCACCGACGCUCCCCACCACCAGCACCUUCAGCCUCCUCGACUGCUUCCCCUGCCCCCCGGCCCUGGUGGUAGGGGAGGACGGAGACUUAGGGCCGGCCUCUUCGCUUCGCCUCCAGGGAGACUCUAAGCCCCCGCCUGCCCACCCGCUGUGGAGGUGGCAGAUAGGGGGUCCCGCUGUCCCUGAGCCCCCUGGCCUCAAGUUCUGGGGGGUCAACCUGGAGCAACUCUGAGCGUGAGACCUCUUCUGCCAAGGGGGAAAAGUGGGGGCCACAGCCAAACUGCGGGGUCGAGGACGGAGCCUCAUUUCUCACCUUUGCCUGUCCUCUUUAGGUUUUAU